GGGCGGCGGGGGCGGGGAAGGCGCGCGCCGAGGCGGCUGCGGCAGUUGCGCGCUGGGAUUGCUGCCGUGCGGCGGGGCCGAAUUCAGCAUACAAUUGAAAUAAAAUGUCAACCUCCUGGAGUGAUCGGUUACAGAAUGCAGCGGAUAUGCCUGCUAACAUGGAUAAGCAUGCCCUGAAAAAGUAUCGGCGAGAAGCCUAUCAUCGGGUGUUUGUGAACCGAAGUUUAGCCAUGGAAAAAAUAAAGUGUUUUGGUUUUGAUAUGGAUUACACACUUGCUGUGUACAAGUCCCCGGAGUAUGAGUCUCUUGGCUUUGAGCUUACUGUGGAGAGAUUAGUUUCUAUUGGCUAUCCUCAGGAGCUGCUCAGCUUUGCUUAUGAUUCUACAUUCCCUACCAGGGGACUUGUCUUUGAUACACUAUAUGGAAAUCUUUUGAAAGUUGAUGCCUAUGGAAACCUCUUGGUCUGUGCACAUGGAUUUAACUUCAUAAGAGGUUCUCAGGUAGCUGCUCAGAAGAGACCAGAAACUAGAGAGCAGUAUCCAAAUAAAUUUAUCCAGCGGGAUGACACUGAAAGAUUUUACAUUCUGAACACACUGUUCAACCUACCAGAGACCUACCUGUUGGCUUGCCUAGUAGAUUUUUUUACUAAUUGUCCUAGAUAUACCAGCUGUGAAACAGGAUUUAAAGAUGGGGACCUCUUCAUGUCUUACCGGAGUAUGUUCCAGGAUGUAAGAGAUGCUGUUGACUGGGUUCAUUACAAGGGCUCCCUUAAGGAAAAGACAGUUGAAAAUCUUGAGAAGUAUGUAGUCAAAGAUGGAAAACUGCCUUUGCUUCUGAGUCGAAUGAAGGAAGUAGGGAAAGUGUUUCUUGCCACCAACAGUGACUAUAAAUACACAGAUAAAAUUAUGACUUACCUGUUCGAUUUCCCACAUGGCCCCAAGCCUGGGAGCUCCCAUCGACCAUGGCAGUCCUACUUUGACCUGAUCUUGGUGGAUGCACGGAAGCCACUCUUUUUUGGAGAAGGCACAGUACUGCGUCAGGUGGACACAAAAACUGGCAAGCUGAAAAUUGGUACCUACACAGGCCCCUUACAACAUGGCAUCGUCUACUCAGGAGGUUCAUCUGAUACAGUCUGUGAUCUCUUGGGAGCUAAGGGCAAGGACAUUUUGUAUAUCGGAGAUCACAUUUUUGGGGACAUUUUAAAAUCAAAGAAACGACAAGGGUGGCGAACUUUCUUGGUGAUUCCUGAACUUGCACAGGAGCUGCACGUCUGGACUGAUAAGAGCUCACUUUUCGAAGAGCUUCAGAGCUUGGAUAUUUUCUUGGCUGAACUCUACAAGCACCUUGAUAGCAGCAGCAAUGAGCGCCCUGACAUUAGUUCCAUCCAGAGACGUAUUAAGAAAGUAACACAUGACAUGGACAUGUGCUAUGGGAUGAUGGGGAGCCUGUUCCGCAGCGGCUCCCGACAGACCCUCUUCGCCAGCCAGGUGAUGCGGUACGCUGACCUCUAUGCAGCCUCCUUCAUCAAUCUGCUCUAUUACCCCUUCAGCUACCUCUUCAGAGCUGCCCACGUCUUGAUGCCUCAUGAAUCAACGGUGGAACAUACACAUGUAGAUAUUAAUGAGAUGGAGUCCCCUCUUGCUACCCGGAACCGCACAUCAGUUGAUUUCAAAGAUACUGAUUACAAGCGGCACCAGUUGACCCGGUCGAUUAGUGAAAUUAAACCCCCCAACCUCUUCCCACUGGCCCCCCAGGAAAUUACACACUGCCAUGAUGAAGAUGAUGAUGAAGAGGAGGAAGAAGAGGAAGAAUAAGGAGGAAAACCAAAACUGAGCAUCCAUUAAACACGUUUUGGCAGGACUUCCAGGAGCAAAGGAUAUCCCUGUUUGCGUUCUAGUGGUGGGUGGGGGAGCUCCAUCAAAGGUACAUGUGCGAAGUUUCUGAAGACCUUAAAAUAUUCUAAUCAUAGAGAGAUACUUUUUAGUAGUUUUGUUUGUCUGCACUCUGCAGAUGGUUCACAAUUGUAAUGGAGUCUGUAUUGGAAGAAAGCAAGGGUAAAGCCGGGCUGAACUGCAUGCAGAAGGCUCCAUUGUGGCUUGUGACACCAUUUCCUUGUCUGGUUUCAUCCUCAGUAUAUAUUGGAUAUACCAGGGCUAGUGAAGAGUAUCCGAGUGGAACGAAGAGGUGAUCUGAAAAUGAUAUGUUACAAAUUGUGCUCUUACUCCAAAGUCCAUCCUGAAAUUUUCAGUGCAUUACACAGUAUUGUAUGUCAGUGGAGAAAUAUAUUGUUUCCAUUACCAAAUGCGGUCUUCUGUUAAGGUCAAGGUUCCGUUUACAAGCUUUGAAGUGUCCUCAGUGCCUGGGGGCAGACUGCAGGCUUCAGUGGUCUUGCACAAGUGUUUGGUUUGCUAUAGGGCUUGCCUGGAAUGCACUGCAGUGAUUCUGUCUUGAGGUAAAAGUCUUCAUCUAAUCUUACAUUUUUUUGAUAGUAGAAAAUGCUUGUUAUCCAAAAGCGGUCUUUUUCUCAUCUGGAGUGAAUCUAGAGAAAGAAUUCAGCUGAAAGAGGACAAAGGAGCAAGCCCCGUGAAAGAGCAUAACUGAGUAAAGUCAUUAGCGUGGGCCAGUGUGGCUCGUGCCGCCCAGACUUCCGGCCUUCCCUGUCCUCUAGAGUGGACUGUAUUCCACAGUCAAGCAUGAGAGGAUGGGAAGAGGGUUCUAUCAGUCAGAACCUUACUAAAGCAGAGGGCACAAUCAUGUGAAUAAAUGCACUUCAGAAUCCCAAGAGAAAUCACUUGUUAUUUUGAACAAGAAGGGAUUGUUACUGUGUCCUAGAGGGUACCAGGCUGCCUCGCCGUCGGCAGAGUGGCUAUAGCAGUUUGAAUAGUGCAGACUUUCCCUUUAACCUUUAUAUAUUCCUUCCAUUCUUCCUGGUGAACACAGAAGGUAGAUUAGUUGCUCUAGAAUUCAAUAAAGUAUAUUUCUAAUACUGA